AUGGCACUGCCAGUGGCACGUCAUACGGGCAGUUGGUACGCUUCUCUCACACCCGCUUUGAAUUUGUGUGAACGCCGUCUCACGCGUACAGCCAACGACGAAUUCGUCAUCGUCCUCGACUCACCCUCACGCGAAAACGAAGGCGACCUCAUUAUCGCCGCAUCUGCUCUCACGCCCUCCAAAGCCUCCUUCAUGAUCCGCUACACAUCUGGCUACAUCUGUGCACCGCUGUCCGUGUCGCGCGCAGCCGCCCUGCACCUCCCUCAAAUGGUCGCCGACAACGAGGACAGGAACCGCACUGCCUACGCCGUGUCCAUUGACGCUGUGCACGACAGCGUCACAACGGGUAUCAGCGCCCAAGACCGCAGUCUCACGUGCCGCACGCUUGCGGAUCCGACGGCUAAGGCGGGGCACUUUCGCCGGCCCGGUCAUGUGCUCCCGCUGCAGGCGAGGGAGGGCGGGGUGAGGGUAAGGAGAGGACAUACGGAGGCUGCUGUCGAUAUUUGCAGGCUGGCGGGUAAGCCACCCGUCGGUGUGAUUUGCGAGCUGAUCACAGACGGCGAGGCGGUUGAUGGGAAGACGGAGCUAAUAGGUGGAGGUAUGAUGAGGAGGGAUGAGUGUUUGGCAUUUGGGAAGAAGUGGGGCAUUAAGGUGUGCACGAUUGCGGACUUGGUAACGUACAUGGAAGAGAACGAGGGAAAGUUGGGGAUUGAGGGGUCGGAUUACUGAAGAAGACAUGACAUUAGCUGGCGUUUUGUCGGUACGGUUCGGUUGGUUGUGCCAUAUUCCCUCUGACCGAGCAUGAGUCCUGUUCUGAUCUACCGCUGUCUAUUUCUUGCACGCAUGCUGGAAAAAUAUUAGAUAUUCUUUCUCCGCGCAAGCGGCUUCAACCAACACCACCUGCACUCAAGGUUCCGAGUAAAUAUUCCUCUAUCAGUCUUGCAUCCAGAUACCAAAACCCACCAUCUUCAGUCAUCUCUCUUCUCUCUAGUACGCGUCAUUGUAUGUACAUCCCGCCAUUUAGAAAUAAAUUUCCAUGCUUACCAUGCAUCUCACCC